AUGGUGGGGAAGAAGUCUGGCAAGGCUCUCCUGAGGGAGAAAGGCUUGGAGCGGACCGACAACAACAUGGACCUUACCAGCUGGCCUCAAGUAGCACCGAUUAACCAAAAGAAUUACUAUACAGAAUACCUGAAACGUGACGAUCAAAUCCUUGCCUAUCGUUUACAGACCGAAGCGGCUCGAGACCGCAUGACGAAGAAUGCCAAAGAUCGAGAUAGGGCUCUUGCAAACAAGAAUGAAGUGCAACUUCCUGAGCAAGAUGCAGAAGCCGACGGAGAUACCGCCAUGAUGGGUACAGGCGGGGAGAAAGUACAGGAGCUUGUUGGCUCGAAAACAAUUGUAAUCCACGUUGGGAGUCAGAAUCUCCGUAUUGGCCUCGCGAGUGAUGCUUUACCCAAGACUAUUCCAAUGGUAAUAGCGCGAAGAGCAACAGAAAAUGAAGCAGAGCAAGAUGGUGGGGAGCCAAAGCCAAAGCGCCUCAAAUUAGACGAUGGGCAGGCAAUGGAGCCGGAGAAAAUGUUUGGCUCUGAGUUCGCGGCAACUUACUCAACAAUGUGCACCGAAUUAAGAACUCGCAUGCGGGCAAACAAGCGAAGAACCCUCCCGAACUCGAAGGAAAUGGUUGUCAAUUAUAACCGGAGAACCACCUCAGAAACUAUUUCAGAACACAAUGAUCUGAUGCGGGUUGAAUGGACCGUAAUAGAGCCAAAUGAUGCACCUGAGUAUGUUGUCGGAGAAGCCGCCCUGCGGAUACCAGACUAUUCCGAACCCAGAUAUAAGCUAUUCUGGCCAAUUCGAAACGGAUGGUGCAACGAAAGAGACUAUGACAACAAAAAUAUGCUAUUUCUAGACAUAUCUCUUAUCUUAGAGGAUGCCGUCAAGACACAAUUGGCCCUAACACGGAAGAAAGACUGGGCUCAGUACUCCUGCGUUUUCGUUAUACCCGAUCUUUAUGAGAAAGCCUAUGUCAUCCAAAUACUCGACAUGCUGAUGCGUGAAUUUGGCUUUGGCCGCGUUUGUUUUGUGCAGGAGAGCACAGCAGGAACGUUUGGCGCUGGAUAUACAGCCGCCUGUGUUGUUGAUAUUGGCGCACAAAAGACGUCUAUUUGCUGCGUGGAGGAAGGGAUGUGCGUUGAGAAUUCUCGCGUCAAUUUAAAGUAUGGUGGUGCAGACGUCACAGACCUUUUCAUCAAAAUGAUGCUUUUCGAUCACUUUCCUUAUAACGAAAUAAAUUUGAACCGCAGAUACGAUUUUUUGCUGGCCGAGGAACUUAAGAGGAACACUUGUACACUUAACGAGACCAACGUUUCAGUCCAGGUGUUUGACUUUCAUCUUCGAGCGUCUGAACAAGAUACGCGCAAGUAUACCUUCAAGGCUUACGAUGAAAUUAUAUUGGCACCAAUGGGAUGGUUCCAGCCAGAAAUUUUUGAUGUUUCUAAGAAACUGGUAGGAAGAAGAAAGCUCAUUAGCCGAACCUAUGACAUUUACGACUCGCAGCCAAAUGAUCCUGUAUCCGCGGCGCAGACAGAGAUCCUCACGACUAUCGCCCCUCCCCACCCCAGUAUUAACUCGAGUUUCUCGGCAAACGUAAACAAUUUACCGGAUACUCAAUCUACCCCUAGUCGACUCUCUACUAUUCAAAUUAACCGUCUGCAGGAGCUAGAGGCGACACCGCGCUCCUCGAUGGCAGCGUCUCCAGCCCCUGAAGUCACAGUUACCCCACGAGGCGGAAUGUCGACACCUAUGCCUGCAAUUCAAAAUAUGACCGAAGCCAACUCCCGCAGACUACCAACAGUCGAUGAACGCGAUGAUAUUUUACCAAUUUUCCCCCUCGAUGAAGCCAUAUUCACGUCUAUUACCCAUGCCGCUAAACUUGACAACCGCCGGUUCACCGACUUCUUGGGCGGCAUUCUUAUCAUCGGCGGUGGAAGCAUGGUCUCCGGGUUUCACUCAUUCUUAGAAGAAAGAAUCCAGCUCAAGCAUCCUGAACAUUCUGGCACUGUUUUGGUUGGCGCUCCUCCACGAGAGUUGGACCCCCAGGUUGUCGUCUGGAAAGGAGCUAGCGUCUUUGGCAAACUUGAGGCGACAAAUGACAGUUGGAUUGGUAGGCUUGAAUAUGACCGCCUCGGAAAUCGAAUACUAACCUACAAGUGUAUGUGGAAUUGGUAG